GCGGGUUCCAAUCGAUCAGUUCCCCUGUCGAUCGUUUAGUUCACUUCUAUCUAAUCGAUUUAUACACGGAGAACACGCGGGGUAGACUUUCCAGACUUUCCAGAUGCCGAACACUACGGCUAUUUCCGCUCCGGGCAAGGUGCUCCUGGCCGGAGGCUUCUUAGUUCUCGACCGCCAGCACACGGGGCUCGUAUUUGGGUUGAGUGCCCGUAUCAAUGUCAUUGCUCAGGAGAUCAAGACAAGCAAGGGUGUUCAGCUGAGCGAGAUCGUCGUUGAGAGCCCUCAAUUCCUCGAAGCUCAGUGGCGCUACGGGUACCACCUAACUCACGAAGAUGGCGGCAUUAAGCUAACUCAGCUUCAAGUCGGUUCGAAUAUAAACCCUAAUCACUUCGUUGAGGUCACAUUGGCCUACGCUCUCACUUACAUCCAAACGGUUGGCCAUGCCGGAUCAUCAUACACCUUUAAGCCUGUACAGCUAACCAUCUUGGCCGACAACGACUACUACUCACAAUCUCAUUCGCACCACCAUCACCACCAGUCACACUCAGGCGCGGCAGGCCGCUUCGCCAAGUUUCCCACCAAGCUCAAGGAUGCCCACAAGACCGGGCUCGGAUCCUCCGCGGCCCUUGUCACGGCACUUACCGCCACCUUACUGACACACUACCUUCCCAAAUCUGCCUUCGACGUAGACUCAGCAGAAGGCAAGCGCACGCUACACAACCUAGCGCAGGCCGCACAUUCCGCCGCCCAAGGUAAAGUAGGCUCUGGCUUCGACGUCGCGGCCGCCGUCUACGGUAGCUGCGUAUACCGGCGUUUCUCUCCAUCCCUCCUACGCGACGUCCCCGAGAUCGGCUCUCCGGGCUUCGCCCCCGCGCUAGCGGCGUGCGUGGCGCGCGAGUGGGACGCCGAGUUUCGCAAGGACAAUGCGCGCAUGCCACCGGGCGUGACGCUCCGUAUGUGCGACGUCGACUGCGGCAGCCAGACCGUCGGCAUGGUCAAGCAAGUUCUCAAAUGGCGCGAUCAGACGGACCCAGCCGGCGCCAAGACCCUAUGGGACAACUUGCAGGCGCGCAACGAGGCGCUCGGCGCGGCGCUAAGCAGUGAUCGCAAGGACGAGAUCAGAAAGGCUGUGGAGGAAGUGCGCGUCCUGGUGCGCGAGAUGAGCGCCGCAAGCGGUGUACCAAUCGAGCCGGAGAGCCAGACCGCGCUGCUGGACGCGCUGGCGCGUGUGGAAGGUGUAUACGAGGGAGUGGCGCCGGGGGCGGGGGGAUACGAUGCUCUGGCUUUGUUGGUUAGGGACGACGGGGAGACGGAGGAUCGGAUCAGGGAGUUUUUGAAGGGGUGGAGUCAGGAGAAGGGCGUUAAGGUUAAGCUGUUGGGCGUGAAGGGGGAGAUGGAGGGGGUAAGGAGGGAGGAACUGGAGCAGUAUGAUGGGUGGUUGGGACUUAUCUGAGGGAGAGGUUAGGGAUGAGAUGAGGUUAAAGAAAAGGGUGAAGAUAAGAAUUUAGAGACCAUAUAGUAUUUAGACGAACCAGGAGAGAUUUGAAAAGAUUGAUAGGUACCUACCUACCUAUAGAUGCUCGACUAUGGAUCAGGUAGUCGGGGAAUAGAUGAUAUUCCGAAUAAGAGCUAGUUUACUUGGAUUGGAUAUCAACCUGUGACGUCUGAUGAUAGAGAUCGGGUGAAAAUUAUACAUUGUCAAUUUAAUAUUUGAAAUGGGUGUAUGAAUUACAGGUAGAACAGAGAUUACCUUGAUGUCAUAAUCACUCAAAGGGGAGGUAAAUUUGAAAAUCGUGAUGAGACGAGCUUGGAUAGUAUAAGGGUAUCAUAAAAAGUCACGUAUCGAAAACCGCCUGUUUCUAGACCAUCAAGGGAGACCGCUAAGGUAUUUCAUUACACGAUAGUUGAGCUGAUGUAGGAAUGGCCUCGUUCUUAAAACACGAAUGAAAAAAACAGUGAACUCGGCUAGGUUAGAAUUCCCCGGACUUUGCGCUCGACCUCAUCAUCAUCAUCCCCCGCACGCGAAAUAUUCCGCU